AUGGGCCAGAGUAACGGCAAGCCCGUCGUCUUCACCGACCAAGUGAACCUCAAUCACUUCCGGUUGCUGCGAGUCGUUGGCAAGGGCGCCUUCGGCAAGGUGCGCAUCGUCGAGCGAAAGGACACCGGCCUCACAUUCGCCCUCAAGUACAUAAGAAAAGAUGAAAUCGUACGGUCGGAAAGCGUGCGCAAUAUCAUUCGAGAGCGUCGCAUGCUCGAGCACCUCAACCACCCCUUUCUCUGCAACCUGCGGUACAGCUUCCAGGACAUUGAAUAUCUAUACAUCGUCGUCGACCUCAUGAACGGCGGGGACCUGCGCUUCCACAUCUCGAGAAAGACGUUUACAGAGGAGGCAGUGCGCUUCUGGAUAGCACAGCUGGGUUGCGCUGUGCGAUACAUACACCAGCAGGGCAUUGUACACAGGGACAUCAAGCCAGACAACGUGCUAUUGGACUCCGAGGGCCAUGUUCAUCUAGCAGACUUUAACGUCGCCUCCGACUUCACACCAAACAAGCCACUGACCAGCAAGUCUGGUACGCUCGCCUACCUCGCCCCUGAAGUGUACGAAGGCAAGGGAUACUCAUGUGAGGUUGAUUGGUGGUCCCUCGGCGUACUCUUCUACGAGUGCAUAUACAACAAGCGACCCUUCGAAGCAAGCAGCCACGACUCGCUAGCCCAGAAGAUCUCCAAGGGCGAGCCUACAUACCCCGUUACAAACCCGCCUGUUUCCAUGCCCUGCUUACAUGCCAUCAGUUCGCUGUUGGAGAAGAACCGCAAACAGCGAAUAGGCGCCAUCGGAUUCGAGACCUUCACCGACAACCCAUUCUUCCGGCCCCUCGAGUUUGGCGCGCUGGAACGCAAGGAGAUUCCCCCUGUAUUCAUUCCUUCGAGCGACAAAACAAACUUUGACGCAACAUAUGAUCUUGAAGAGUUGCUCCUCGAAGAGGCGCCGCUCGAGGCCAGAGCACGAAGGCAGAAGCCCAGAGAAGCCCUCAAAGACGAUGCGACCGAUCAAGAGAUCCGCGCAGAAGAGCUGCACAGGAUGAUCGAAACGCUGUUUGAGCCCUUCAACUACACAACCGCUGGGGAUCAGCGUCCGAUUGCCGUCGCAGUUGUAGACCCUAUCGACUCGGUUGGUGUUUCAAGAACGAGCAAUCAAAGCAACAGCGAGAACACUCCGGCAUCUGCGACAUCGCAACCAGAUCCCUGGGGACGGCCCACGACAAACAAGUCACAAGAUGGCGACCUUCAACCGACCCGCUCUACAACGAAUCCUCGAUCCACCACGCACUCGCCGAAUGGGAGUCCUCCACUUGCAACAGCCAUCCUCAACCAAACCGGAAAUACUGGCUCACCCACAUCUCAACGUGGUGAGCACGCAGAUUACUUCCCUGCAGAUGGUUCUGAAACUGCGACGCCUUCAUUCUCUCGGCCUAUGAACAACCGUCCGCGAGGCUCACAACGCAGUACUAGCAUGGGUGGGGGCGUACAGGUAGUUCUCAACGAAACCGGCCCGUGGACCGAGAUGGCUAACCAAAGUUCUGCGCUUGUACAGGCCCCUCAAGUUGAAAAACCAUCUGGCAUGCUUGGUUUCCUCAGCCGUAAAAAAGGCCGGGACAGGAGUCCCAAGGCUAAAGAGAGGGGCGUGCUCGGCAAGGAAGGCGCCAGAGUCAUCAUCAGCAACACCUAA